AUGAAGUUCUUCCUAAUCGCAAUGCUCUCUCUCCUCCCGGUGGCUCUCGCCGCCAAAUCCCUCAAGUCCGUCGUCAUUUCUUUCCCCAAGGGCACGCCGUCGAGUGUGGUUGAUAAGGCAAAGGAUGCGAUCGUGGCUAGCGGUGGUGUGAUCACUCAUGAAUAUCAUCUCUUCCCUGGAUUCUCGGCCGAGGCUCCAGUGAAUACACUUCAAACUCUCUCGACUCAAGAUGCAACCUACAAACCCAACAUUGAGGUCGACAAGAUUGUCACAGCGAAUGGUGAAUACGCCGGCGAGACCAACUUCUGA